AUGGCGGGUCCCGGCGUCGGAGCGGCCGCGCCUCGCCUGUCGCUGCUGCUGCUGCUCGUCGUCGUCUUCGCGGGCCCCUCUCGCGACAGCCGCACCGUGAGUUCUUCUUCUUCCUCUUGCACGCGCGCCCACAUCUCGCGGUGUCACUCUAUCUAUCUAUCAACCGACGACUGCUCUGCUCUGCCGUGUGACGCAUGGCGCCGUUUUGCUUGUGCUGCGCAGGAGGCGGCCGUGCGGACGUGCACGUACACGGUGAAGGUGAAGACGAGCUGCGCGUCGCCGGCGCGGACGUCGGACGCGGUCAGCGUGGCGUUCGGGGACGCGUACCGGAACGAGGCGUACGGGGCGCGCCUCCCGAGCGCGCCGGGCGGGAGGGCCUUCGAGCGGUGCGGCACCGACACCUUCCGCGUCUCCGGGGUGUGCGGCUACGGCGUCUGCUACCUCUACCUCCGCCGCGCCGGCCGCGACGGCUGGGCGCCCGAGUGGGUCCAGGUCACCGAGCCGGGCCCCGGCGCCGGAGAGAAGCCCGCCACCUUCUACUUCGGGGCGCCGCUGCCGGACGGCGUCUGGUACGGCCACAACCGCUGCCCCAAGGCCAAGGCCAAGGCAGCGGCGGCGGCUCGGACAAACACCACCUCUGCUGCUGCUUCGCCUCUGGGCUAG